CACAACCCCUCCCUAUUCAGCGCAGACCCCCCGGGGCGCACAGCCCAUUCCUCACGCAGAUAACGCGCCAUUCCCUCUUCGAUUACGCAGCAGGAUUUACAUGAAACUGUUAAUUGUUUGCUCUUCAAAUAGAGUCAGCCUGGAGCCAGAAGUUAAGGACCGACUCUCUGACCACCUCCCACCUACCCACCCUCCUCCUCCCUCCUCCUCCUUGUGCUCUUUCUUUCGCUCCCUCCUGGGUUUGGGAUCAGCAUGACAAAGCACCGGCCGGAGCAGAGCCUCCCGGCACCACCCGCUCCGUCCCGCCGCCACCUUGGAGAACAACGCGACCAUCACCUUGACUUCCACUGGAGAGAUGAGCCGCGGAGCUCUGCUUCCAGCGGCGUAGCUCGGAGCUCAGCAGGCCCGCGUUGGUGUCGCCGCUCGGUCCAGAUGGCUCCUCAGCAGCCGGAGAACAAACCGGCGCGCUCCGAUGCGCACACGAAGCAGCCGAGUCCAAGCCGGGACGCGUGGAGCGGGGAAGGAGAGAAGAGCAGCGGAGGCAGGAAGAAGAACUACCAGCGGUAUCCAAAACCACCUUACUCCUACCUGGCCAUGAUCGCCAUGGUCAUCCAGCGGUCUCCAGACAAGAAGCUGACUUUGUCCGAGAUCCUUAAAGAAAUCAGCACCCUCUUUCCGUUUUUCAAAGGAAACUACAAAGGCUGGAGGGACUCUGUGCGSCACAACCUUUCCUCUUACGAUUGCUUUGUUAAGGUGCUGAAGGACCCGAGCAAACCUCAGGGAAAAGGUAACUUCUGGACGGUGGACCUGAGCCGCGUCCCCCUGGAGCUCCUGAAGAGGCAGAACACGGCCGUGUCGCGCCAGGACGAGACCAUCUUCGCUCAGGACCUGGCGCCCUACAUCCUGCAGGGGUACACGCCGGAGUCGGAGCCGCCCGCCAGCUCCGCCACCUCCCUGUCUCCUGCGCAGCCAGCCGACCUCCCGCUGCCGCAGGGGGACCCCUUUCGACCCAAGCUGGAGCUGUCUUUCGCCAUCGACUCCCUGCUGCACAGCCUGCGGCCUGCAAACGCUUCCGGGGACGGAGACGUGGCCGUGGGGGACUGCUGGGGGGAGGAGGAGCGGCCUCGGUACACCUCCUCGGCCCUCAGUGCCUCCGCCAGCUCUGUGAGCCCUGCCUCCUCCUCCUCCUCCUCUGAYGAGGAAUGGAAAGCAGUGCGGCACUCUGCGAAGCGUCUUCCUCCCAGCUACGAGCCCACGUCGGAGGCUUGCGAGGGCCACAGGCCGCCGCUGCAGAAAUCGUCCAGACGGGAGACGUUCGCACCCCCCUGGGAGCUGCCCACCUCCUACUCCAAGUACCCACCCCCCAACGCCGUCGCCCCGCCCAGCAUGAGAUUCAACGGCGCCCCCCUGCUGCCCCUGCACGGCGGACUCCCUCUCUACGGCUACAGCGGCUCUCCUCUGGCGCCGGGCCACUUCUUGGGUCACCCCUACUGGCCCCUCCUCCCCAGCAGACAGGUCUCGGUYCAAGCCCCGCCUUUAAUCGUGGACCUGGACCACAUGUUGCAAUCUGCUCCUCCGAAUAAAAGCGUCUUCGAUGCACUGCUGCCGACCAGUCAGAACGCAUACGUGCACCCGCAAGCCAAGGGUCUGUACGGCCUGCAGAACGGGGCUCCUCUGAACCGGUACCAUCAGUUCUGAGCCUCCCCUGGUUUCUGCUUGYAUCAGCUGUAAAGAAAACACAUUUCUAAUGCAACUCGGGACACGGUGUGUUGUUCUACGUGAACUGUGAACAGUUUGAUUUGGAGCCAGUGUUCCGUUUCUCAGGUCUGUGUUUUUAAAAGAAACGAUGCGUCUUCAGGGUGGAGCGGGACUUUGGUUUCACUGAUUCAAACUACCUCCAGCUAUACAACAACACAAAUCUACCUCAGUGUUUCAGUGAAACCUGCUGCUGUCUUUGCACUGCAGACCAUGUUUGCACAUCUUUUUAUGAUUGUUUUUGAAUGUUGUCUAUUCAUAACGACCGCCUGAAUGUAUUCGUGUUGCAGCAAGUUGAAGCUUUAAAAAAAAAGUCAAAACUAAAUGUUUUUACUGAUAAUGAACCAUUUUGUACCUAAAUAAUGGCAAUGUUUCAGAUAAUUUUAUAUUUCUUAGUGGCUCAGACACUAUUACGGUUGUUUUUUCUCAUUUAUUUCAGUGUUACUGGAGUUGUGUUGACUCGUUUUGUUUUGUAACUUUUAACUAGAAAAAUCCCCAAAUCUCAUAUUUUUAAUUUUUUCAUAUCUUGGUGCUGUUAAAUGUUUUGUUUUGUUUUGUUUAUUUAAUCAAGUAUUUAGCUGCUUCCUGUGACGCCGAUCUCUACCUCACACUGCAAGUUUUCUGUUUGCACUAUUUUAAAGACGUCUUCCUAUCAGCUGAAAGUUUCAGCAUUUUUGUCUUUAAGUCUUUAACGUCACUGAGCUGAACUCAUCAGGGAAGCUGAAUGUAUGAGUGAUAGGAGUCCCGCAGGGUUUUCUAAUAAAAAAAUUUGUUUUGUUUUAGCAGYGC